AUGAAUAUUGUUAACAAAGGGGUUUCAGGGAUUAGUUCAAUUAGCCAUACUGUAAAGGAUGGAACAAUAGGAAUAUCUCAUGAGAUAGGUAAUAAAUUCCAGGAUGGUCUAGAUAAAACAAACUCUGUCAAGGACAAGAUGUUAUUCAAAAAGAAAGCCUAUGAUGUUGAUGAUGAUUUAAUUGAAAUAUACGAAUCUGACAUUUCUACUUCCAUUGCCGGUUUAAAAUAUUUAUUGUCGCAACUUAAUCAUAUGAAGAAGAGCUAUUGGCCCCUACUAUUCAAAAAAAAUAUUAAAAUUGCAGAAAGGUUUAUAAGCAUAAUUGGUGCCUCCUCACUUCAAUUCAAAGAUAUUAAUCAAUAUUAUCAAAAAUUUUCUCAAUGGCAGUCCGAGCAGGAAGUUCCAAUGGUGCACCCUAAGGAGAGACAAUUCCUUAUUGGUAGUGUAUGCUCAGAAUUGGAUAACUAUUUAAACACCAUGAAAGAGUUACAAGACAGGGUGUUAGGGGAUUGGACAUAUUUUGUUGACGAUGUUGUAAAACUUAAGAUAACGCAAAUGAAUAAGUUUUUGAAAGAUAUUCUUAAGGUGUUAAAAUUAAGGAAGAGAAAGAAAAAUGCACAUGAUAAACUUUACAAGAAAGUCUCCAAAUUGCUGUCCAAGACUUCGCCCUUGACUGAUAAAGAACACAUUGAAUUAAAUGACAAGGAACAUAAAUUGAAAGAGUUGAACAUAAAUUAUAAUAAAGUCAAUGACAAAGUUAAGAAGAUCUUACCACAUGCACUCUCAUUCUUGGAAGAGUUCAUUGAUAGCAUUACCAAAUUGAUAAUUUGCAAACAACAUGAUAUAUAUAAGACUAUCCAAGCAAGUUUCAAGUACUAUUCAAUUUUUCAUGGACUCAGUACGGAGAAGGACUACGAAUUGAUAAAUGAGUCUUGGAAAAUGGCCAUUGAACCGAUUAGAAAGCAAAUUGAAACUUCGGUAAAAAUCAUUUAUGAUAAAAAGCCUGAGUUGGUUGAUACAGAGAUUAGCACAGAAGUGGUUGCGGACCUGAAAAUUGGAAAGAUGGUGCACAAAGUGGGCCAUACCUUUGAUAAGAAAAACCCAGUAAAGCCAAGGGAUUCGAAGGAUGGUAUUUUCAAUGAACAUCAGGUGGCUGAUCCAUUGGUGAGCUUUGAGCGUUACAAAGACCUUGAAUUAAAUGUUCCAAGACAAUAUAAACCGGUGAUGAUUGGUAUAGAUGAUGUAGUAGUUCCUGGCUCCCAAUUGAAUUCCGGAGUACCUUCCGUGAUCCCAAGUGUCAUCACUUCCCCAGUUAAAACCAGCCCGACCUCACCCGUUUCACCGGAAGAAAACAAGGAAACUCUUGUGGAAUCGGAAGUUAUAUCACUGCCUGUUUCUAUUGGAGCAGUAGCAUAUGACCCAACAUCUCCUCCAGCUACUCCUCUUACUGUGUCACCUCCCCCUUUACCUCCUCGUGGUUCUAACUUAGCACCUCCAGUGUCUCGCUUAGUAACGACACCAACCUUAGCGCCACCAUUACCUCCUCGCUCCAAUAUGGCAUUACCCACAUCUACGCCUAGAUCUGGGUCUACUCCUGUAUUUUCCCCAAUUUUUUCACCACCUCCACCUUACUUCAAUGGCUCCACUACUGAUAAUCUCUCAGAUUCCGAUGAUGAUUCUGAAGAUGCAUCGGAAAUGACUUCAAUAUCACUGGCAACAUCUACUCAUUCAGUAUCAUCGUUAUCAUCGACUAUGUAUGAUAAGUUCUCCAAUGAAACUUUGGAUAGGAAUUUAACGAAGAUAUACAACUCAGCCAAAAAUAAUAUCACUAAGAGUCCAGUUGAUAUUUCUACUCAGGAGUACAAUAUAUCAUUAGCAGACCAUUUGAAUCCAAUUUUGUUUGAAGACACAACCAGUUUAAGCUACAAGAUUUGGAAGUUUAAUGAAUUUUUCAAUGAAGUUGAGAAGAAAAAUGGGAAAAAGGAAAAGAUCUACGUAACCGCCAAGCAUGAUUUUAAAGGUGAGAAUGUAGGUGAUUUGUCAUUUAAAAAGAACGACAAGAUUCAAAUUUUGUUUGAUUUCGUCGAUAGUCAUGAAGAGAGCAGCUGGCUCGUCGGGGUUAGAAACUCGGAGGGCUUAAAGAGAGUUGGGUUGGUACCUAGUACCUACGUUGAGAGAGAUGCUAGAAAAGAUUGA